AUGGCACUAAACUUCUUCGACCAAUUCAUAAGCCCUACAUACCUAGGGAUUCCACUGAUCGCCCUAGCCCUAAGCCUACCCUGAGUCCUAUUUCCCACACCAUCAAGCCGCUGACUCAACAAUCGACUCCUAACCCUUCAAGGCUGAUUUAUCAACCGAUUCACCCAACAAAUACUACUCCCACUCAACCUCGGAGGCCACAAAUGAGCCGUUCUACUGACAUCAAUGAUAAUCUUCCUAGUCACCCUGAAGAUGCUCGGCCUCCUACCAUAUACUUUCACCCCAACGACCCAACUAUCGCUAAACAUAGGAUUUGCAGUCCCCCUCUGACUUGCAACCGUGGUCAUUGGCCUCCGAAAUCAACCAACCGUAGCCCUAGGACACCUUCUACCGGAAGGGACCCCAGUUGUUCUCAUCCCCUUCCUCAUUAUCGUCGAAACGUUCAGCUUACUCAUCCGACCCCUAGCCCUAGGAGUGCGACUAACCGCCAACCUUACAGCAGGCCACCUGCUAAUUCAACUCAUCGCCACCGCCGCAUUUGUUCUCCUCCCGAUAAUGCCAACCGUAGCCAUCCUGACAGCCACCGUCCUAUUUCUCUUAACUCUUCUGGAAGUAGCAGUAGCAAUGAUUCAAGCCUACGUAUUUGUCCUCCUCCUCACCCUUUACCUACAAGAAAACACCUAA